AUGGAGCAGGAGCCAGGGGCCAGCAGUGGGGGCUUCGUGGCCCUGAACCUCAGCUCGGGGGACGUGGACCUCAGGGACUGGGUGAUGGUGGAGAGGCCCAGUCCUGCUGCCCAUGUCGGCGGGAAGGCCACGUCCAACCCCUCAGAGGAAGAAGAGCUCCAGGCUGAAGACACAUCAGCCCCAGGGAAAGGUGUCUGCUCAGACAAACUGCAGAUGGAGCUCAGGCCUGCAGUGACCAGCACCCGGCCAGGGGGGGCGCUGGAGGGCCUGCUCACUCAGCUCACAGUCGCCCCCCAGUGUCCGGGGUCCGCAUCUGCAGCUGCCACAAACCAUCAUACGCAGGAAGCAAGAGCGGAGCGAGAAGAGCCCCGGCCGUCCACCAGGGGGCCGUCCACCAGGGGGCCGUCCACCAGGGGGCCGUCCACCAGGGGGCCGUCCACAAGGGGGCCCCCUCCAACGGCGCAGGUGGACGUGAACGCCAACGGGAUGAUGUCACCGCGCAGAGACUCUCACAGCGACUGCGCAGACGCCAAACAGAGCGCUCAGUCUACAGCCGAGAACCAGGAGACCGAGAUCAGACCAGAGGAGACGUCUGAGGAGGGAGGGGCCCCUGGGGAGGGAGGGGCCCCUGAGGAGGGAGGGGCCUCUGAGGAGGGAGGGGCCCCGAGUCCACACUGUCAAGAUUCAGAGAGCAACCAGACCCAAAUCCAACCAGAGGAAUCUUCUGAGGCCAAGAAACCAAACUGUACCAAAGCUGAGAGCACAGGGCCAGAGGCUGAGAGCACAGGGCCAGAGGCUGAGAGCACAGGGCCAGAGGCUGGGAGCACAGGGCCAGAGGCUGAGAGCACAGGGCCAGAGGCUGAGAGCACAGGGCCAGAGGCUGAGAGCACAGGGCCAGAGGCUGAGAGCACAGGGCCAGAGGCUGAGAGCACAGGGCCAAAGGCUGAGAGCAGAGGGCCAGAACUGAAACCAGCCGAGUCUCCUACGAAGGGAAAAGCCAAGAGCCCUGUCCCGUCCUCCCCUGCCGCAGUGAGGAGGAGUCCAGACCUGAGACCCAGCCGGAUCCCGCUGUUGGAGCCCUGGACUCUGGUCGAUUUGGAAACUUCAGCCAAAGAGAAACUCCUGCAGAAGAAAAGCAGUCAUCUGAAGAGAGUGAGGUCCCCCAGCGGUUCACCCCUGUCCCCCCGCAGGGAGCCUCCCCCCUCGACCCAGAGAGACCCCACCGCCUCAGACCGGUCCCAAGACGAGGACUCCCUCUGGGGCUGCCCCUCAGACCGGACCUCUCUCUCCUCCUCCCCCAGGAAGAGCCGCCUCCCCCGCCCAGUUCACCCAGCCAGGUCUGUGGAGCGGCUCGAGACAAACCCACCAGAGCCAGCCCCUCCAGAGCUCCGCCCCCUGCACCACACAGAGACCAGGUGA